AUGUCACUUUCUUCAGUCGUUGCGGCAACCCUGCUGGGCUUGGCCACUGCCCAAAUAGCAGGAACUAUCCCAGAAGUACACCCAAAGUUGACGACUUGGAAAUGCACAAAGGCUGGUGGGUGCAAGGCGCUAGACACUUCCAUUGUUGUUGACUCACUACGCCACAAUAUUCAUCUCAAAAACGACACGAGUGUGAGCUGCGGUGAUGAAUACACUGCGCUCAAUACGGCGCUUUGCCCAGACAAGAAGACUUGCGCUCAGAAUUGCGUAAUUGAUGGCAUCGAGGAUUACUCCACACAAGCAAUUUUCACGGAAAACGACAAGCUUCGCCUAGACAUGUUCAAUCCCAAAGGUGAAUACAUGAGCCCUAGGGUGUAUCUGUUAGCCGAGGAUAAGCAGAACUACGAGAUGCUGCAAUUGACGGGCAAUGAACUGUCCUUCGACGUCGAUAUGUCGAAGCUACCUUGUGGCAUGAACAGUGCUCUCUAUCUCAGCGAAAUGGAAGCCGAUGGUGGACGGUCCGAAUACAACACCGCAGGUGCGCCCCAGGGUAGCGGGUACUGUGACGCCCAGUGUUUUGUCAAACCAUUUUUGAACGGCGAGGCCAACGCUAAUGGGGAGGGCUCCUGCUGCAACGAAAUGGAUAUCUGGGAGGCCAACAGCUAUGCCAACCAGAUCGCCCCUCAUACCUGUGGCAAGCCAGGUAUCUUUGCAUGCACGGGUAAUGACUGCGGCAGUGCUGGACUCUGCGACAAGGCCGGAUGCGGUGACAACCCAUACAAGCACCGUAACGACAAGGAGUACUACGGACCAGGUCUCAAGGUCGAUACCAACAGGCCGUUCACCGUUGUCACCCAGUUUCCCGCCAAGGACGGCGUGCUCCAGGCCAUUGUCCGCAAGUACGUGCAAGACGGCGUAGUCAUUGAAAACGCCAUGCGCAACCUCACCGCUGAAGAGGCAGUCAUGGACCAGGCGUGGUGCGAUAAGCAGGGAAAAACCUCGGCCUACAACAGGCUUGGUGGCCACAAGACCAUGGGUGAGGCCCUGGAACGCGGUAUGGUUCUCGCACUAAGCAUCUGGUGGGAUAAGAGCAGUGGCAUGCAGUGGCUUGACAGCGGAUCCAGCGGUCCUUGCAAUGCCACCGAGGGCUUCCCAGAUGUCAUUCAGUCCAAGGUCAAGAAUCCCACUGUCACCUUUAGCCAGGUCAAGUGGGGUGAGAUCGACUCGACGUAUGGAGCUUCCAACGCGACGAGCAAGUACUGGAAGGCUUAG